CAUCGCCUUGCCUACACUAACCUGAGCUGACCUACGCCUACCCACCAACUUCCACAAACCCUCAUACCAUCGCAUCCACAUCCACCAAAGCCUUCCCCUCCCCUUCCCUCCCACCACCUGCGAAUCGUACCUGCCUCCUUCACCCUCCGCCCACCACCUGCCACCUGCCACCCCUCCAGGCUCAUCAACCACCAACUCCUACCUCCUCUCUGCCAAGGACGAACAUUCGCCGCCGACGCUAAUGGCGUAAAUGUAAAUGGCAUCUUCGCAGCGCAGAUCGGAUCUCAACCCAGAACCGUCGACUUCUACUCCAGCUUCUGCAUCUCGGUACCCUUCCCUUUUCCCAUCAACUCCACUACUCUUUUGAUCUGCCACACCCCCCCACCCCAUCACUCGUCGCACCACACAUCCGCCGUGUAUUCUUCUCACGAUCCUCUCGACCGGUUGUGACGAGGUACCGGCCGCGGUGUCGAAGACCGUCAUCUCCAAACCAUAUACUCAUGUCUUCCAGAAUUACUCGUGCGUCCGCCCGACAAGCAGCAAACUCCCCAGGGGCGUCAACUACCUCUGCAGCUACCACUGCCACUGCUUCGUCUGCCCGGUCUCAGGCUUCGUCUCGAAAGCGUAAAGCUCCCCAACGGGAGUCCAGCCCUCCACCUGAAGCCGAUACCGAACCCCCAACUCCAAAGCCAUCCUCUGCUCGACGUGCAAAGCGACCCAAGGUCUCCGAAGCAGAAGCACAACCUCAGCCACCCGCUGCAGCAGCUUCAGUUCCCCCGCGUCGAAGAAACACAAAGGGUAAAAACUCAGCGGUGAUGUCGAGUCCUGGGUGUGUUACAUCCUGAACUACCACCAACUAGGGAUAUUGCUUACAACCAUCACAGUGAUUCUGCAGGUCCCUCCAACGAUCCGCCAGCACCAUCCACCAGUGCCUCCAAGCGAAAGUCGACAAGAAAUAAGAAAGCUGGGCAAGGUUCGUUGAGUUCUCUACGCAGCCUUUUUACAAAACUAACUCUCGACCAUUUCAGAUGCCUCAGCCAAUACCCCAAGUUCCAGUCGUAGAUCGAAGAAACCACCCGGGAAUGGUGACGGCACCGCAAACAACUCAGUUGACGAGAAACACCCGCCCCCGGCCGACGACCACGACCACGACGAAGACAGCGAUGAAAACGAGGACGAGGAAAUGGCUCGCCAUUAUGCAGGCAGAGAUGAUGACGAUGACGACCCAUUUGGUGGUUUUGGAGGGCAUGGUGGACCAUCGCAUGGCCUGUCGAGUACCUUGAGAGCCUUGAGCGGCAUGAUGUCUGGCGUUUCCUCCAGACUUCGAGACAUCCUGAACAAUCUGAAGCAGAAAGGCGACCCUUCUAUGCAAUUGAUUGCUCUUCAGGAACUAUCUGAAAUAUUGCUGGUAUCCACGGAGGACAACUUAUCCGGCCACUUUUCGCCAGAUGCAUUCGUGAAGGAAUUGGUCGUUCUGAUGCAACCAUCGGAUUUUGGUGAGCCAAAUUAUGAAAUGAUGCUUCUUGCAUGUCGGUGCCUGGCAAACUUGAUGGAAGCUUUGCCUGCAAGUACCGCAAAUGUUGUAUAUGGGGGAGCAGUGCCAAUUCUCUGCACAUUGCUCCUUGAAAUCUCAUUCAUUGACUUGCCAGAGCAAGCUUUGAGCGUAAGUACUACCUGGUGAAGUCUUCCAUUCCUGAACUGGACUAACCCUUCUAGACGCUGGAAAAGAUCUCGGUGGAAUAUCCAGCAUCGAUUGUCCGCGAAGGAGGGUUGGCUGCUUGUUUGAACUACCUCGAGUGGUUUUCUACUAGCACGCAGCGUACGGCCGUGACCAUCGCUGCGAACUGCUGCCGAAAUAUUCCGGAGGACUCGUUUGAGGUAGUUAAAGAUGCGAUGCCCACUCUCUUGAAGGUUCUGAAUCCAAAAGAACGUUUUGACCAAAAGGUGAUCGAGCAAGCAUCUCUUUCAAUAUCGGGAAUUGUGGAGAGCUUCAAAUACCACCCAAGUAAAUUGGAACAGCUGGUCAACAGCGAAUUGCUACAGGCCAUACUUCGACUGCUUUUACCAGGUACCACCAACUUGAUUGGAUCCAACAUCCACACUCAAUUUUUGCGAGUCCUGGCAUAUACUGCAAAAGCCAGUCCUACAUUAUCCGCGGAGUUAUUCAAAAUGAAUGUCGUCGAGACUUUGUACCAAAUUUUGACAGGUGUCUCGCCGCCAGGCCCAGAUGAAGAUAUCGCUUCAAAGCUUGACAGCGUCGUUAUUAUGCAGGCACUGAUCCACAGACCUAGAGAGCAAGUGAUCGAAACUUUGAAUGUUAUUUGUGAACUUCUUCCAGGUUUACCUAGAGACACCAAGACACCGCUCGAUGAUAAUUCUUCUGCCGACACCCUUUCAGAAAGACCCACUGGAUCUCAAUCCGGCCCCAAGAAGAAGUCUGCAAAUGAUAAGCGCGUUGAACUUCUUGAGAGUUGCAAAGAAGAGGUCAAGCGCUUUGCCAUUAUUCUUUUCCCCACCUUGUCAGAUGCGUUCUCGAGCACGGUCAACCUUAGCGUGCGUCAGAAGGUCUUGACAGCCCAACUCAAGAUGCUAUCGAACUUGGAUAAAGACAUUCUCAUGGAUGCCUUACGAUCGGUUCCAUACGCCUCCUUCCUAGCUGCAAUACUCUCACAGCAGGACCAUCCCACUCUCGUUAAUUUUGCCCUUCAGGCCGCAGAGUUACUCCUUACUCGCUUGGAUGACAUAUAUCGAUACCAAUUCUAUCGUGAAGGUGUCAUUGCGGAAAUUGCCAAAUUGGGUUCUAUCGAGGAGGCUAAACCAGCUCGCGAGGAAUCGUCAACUAUUGAAGUGGUCCCUUCCGCUGAUACACAGACCAAGCACAAAGCCUCUCAAAAGCCUGUCCGUGAGACUGGUGGUGACGACGACGACGAUUCUUCUGACGAAGAUGAAAAUGACGAUAAUGAGAACGACGACAUGCCAGAAGAUGUCAGCCAGUCACCAGUUAGCUCCCGUGGAUCAACAAUGUCAUUGGAUGGCCCGACGCACCAUGCCACGUCUGAUGUUAUUACUAUGCAGCAGCUCAUCACGCAGCGAGCAAAGAAUUUCAUGGAAAUUCAUGAGAACGAGAAGAAUAGCAAGGACAUGAAAAAGAAGGCGAUGAAGAUUUUGACCAGUCUGCAAAGCUUGGCUUCGAAGAUUGAGGCACACUACUUGAAGCAGGGGCCUGGAAAUGGUACCGCUCUUUUCACAUCUCUGGCGUCUUACUUUGAUGGAGAUGUCCUGGAAAGUGUUACCAGCGCCGAACUACUCAACUCUGAAGUUGUUCGAGUUCUUCUGGAUGUAUUCAAUAAUCCCGAUGAUCGUUUGGCCAAUAACGCACGAUCAGCAUUCCUUGAGGUUUUCAUGGGCCGAACUGUUACGAAGAAGCACACAUCUGGCGAUUCUCCAUCCACUCCUUUCAGUAGUCUCAUCCAUAAGUUGCAAGACCUCUUGAGUCGUUCUGAGCAUUUUGAAGUAGUCACUGUCCACUCGAAUACUUUCGAUGGUAAUAGAAGCAGUGCGGCUUCUAUGCUUGCAAAGCAAAUUCGUCUCAAGUUGGUUGCUGAUGAUGAUUCUGAAAUACCUCGACCUUACCGCAACAUUAUGGUAUCUAUUCAUGCCAUUGCAACUUUCAAAGCUCUGGAUGAUUACCUACGCCCGAGAAUCAGCAUGUCUGAAAGACCCAGAGGUGCACGAAGAGAGAAUCUGACGGGUGCACUGGCAGCAUUGGCAGCCGCAGGUAAUUACCCCUAUCCCUCUUCACUAUUUCCUAAUGCUCAAGCCCGUUUUGCAGAACGUGGUCUAGCUGCUCAAGCAGCAACCUCUCCUGCACCUACGCCUUCAACUUCCCGAGCCACCAGAAAGUCAAAAGCAAAGACAGCCCCUACCCCAGCUUCUGAAGCUCAAUCCAUGUCCAAUACUCCUCAGGAGAAACCAGUAUCCCGUCGAUCAAGCAGACGACAACAAGCCCAGACGGAACCACCAGUGCCGCCCCCGCCUGAAGAAGAGGAUAGCCUCGCGCGUGCACUCGAAUGUGCUGACGAGAGACAACUCACGGAUGACGAUGACAUGGAUGAGGAUAGUGCAGCUUUAGAUGCAAUUAUGGGAGAGCUGGAGGAUGGUAUGGAAGAAGAAGCAGCUCCCGAUCCUACUGCAGUUAAUCUCGAAGUCGCCGCUGGUGGUAAAGUGACAGCACGUAAAGAUGACGGCACGCGAGUUGCCACCCCUUCUCAGUUACCAGGAAGUAACCCACGAAGUGCAGCUAUGCAGGCUGUAGCGGCGGCCCAAGCAGCCUCGUCCACCCCCGGAUCCUCACGACCAAUGUCAUAUGCAGCUGCUAUUCAAGCCAUCCCACAAGAUUGGCACAUUGAGUUCAGUCUGGAUGAUAAGGUAAUCUCAAAUGAGACUACCAUUUAUAGAGCCGUUCACAACCCAGCUGGUCCAGUUGAUGAGCACUCUAGCCGAAGUGUUUGGUCUGCCAUUCAUCCAAUCAAGUUCAAACGAGUUUCGGGACCACCACCUCCAGAACCAAGUUCUCUCACCCAAGCUGCCGAAAUUACUGAGCUGACUGCUUCCGGUAUUCCUGCAUCUCUAGACAAGAAUCCAGCUACCUCUUUUAUUCUCCGACUACUUAAUAUUCUGCACGCUCUCAACGCAAAUCUCGAUGAUGUCUUGGCCGAAAACAAGGACACUUUGAAAUUGAAUGCAGAGCCCCUUUCUCAAUUUGUUAACACAAAGCUUACUGCUAAACUUAAUCGACAGCUCGAGGAACCUCUGGUCGUGGCAAGCAAUUGCCUUCCUAGCUGGAGCGAGGAUCUCGCGCGUCUCUAUCCCUUCCUUUUCCCCUUCGAAACGAGACAUCUGUUCUUGCAGUCGACCUCUUUCGGUUAUGCUCGAUCCAUGACUCGAUGGCAAAAUGCUCAAUCCGCCGAUGAAUCUCGUCGAGACCGUCAUCGUGACGAACGACCAUUCCUUGGCAGAUUGCAACGACAAAAGGUCCGCAUCUCGCGAUCAAAAAUCCUCGAAUCUGCUGUUAAGGUUAUGGAACUCUAUGGUGCUUCACAGAGUAUCCUGGAGGUGGAAUACUUUGAAGAAGUUGGUACUGGACUUGGACCUACUCUAGAGUUUUACUCCACAGUCUCCAAGGAAUUCUCGAAGAAGAAGCUCAAACUCUGGCGCGAAACCGACGCCAAUGAUGCUGAUGAAUAUGCCUUCGGUGCCCGUGGUCUUUUCCCAGCCCCUAUGAGCGAAGAACAAGCAGCAUCAGAGGACAUUGGCAAGCCCAUUUUACGACUUUUCAAGAUGCUCGGGAAGUUUGUGGCAAGAUCCAUGAUUGACUCCCGAAUCAUCGAUGUGUCUUUCAAUCCAACAUUUUUCCGCAUUGGUGAUGGAUCCAACCCGGUCACGCCUUCUUUGGGUGCUGUCAAGACUGUUGAUGCUCAAUUGGCAAAAUCGUUGAAGCUUAUCAAGAAGUUUGCCGUUGCAAAGAAGGCCAUUGAUGAGAAUCCCAACUUGACAGCCGCACAAAAGGUUGCCGAAGCAGAGGCACUUCGAAUUGAUGACGUUUUAAUUGAUGACCUUGGUCUCGAUUUCACUCUUCCUGGCUACUCUUCGAUUGAGCUGUUGCCUAACGGAUCAACCCUUGCCGUCACUAUUGACAAUGUUGAGCUAUAUCUUGAGAAGGUCAUCGACUUUACGCUUGGAAGUGGCGUUCAAAGACAAGUGGAUGCAUUCAGAGCCGGUUUUACGCAAGUAUUCCCGUACUCGGCUUUGAGUGCGUUCACGCCAGACGAGCUGGUCAUGCUAUUCGGACGCAUUGAGGAGGAUUGGUCAUUAGAAAGUAAGUUGUACUCGUGCACGUAACUUGCGAAUUUUGCUGACAUCUGUUCCAGCUUUGAUGGAUUCAAUCAAGGCCGACCAUGGAUUCAACAUGGAUAGCAAGAGCGUCAGAAAUCUCCUUCAGACCAUGAGCGAGCUGUCACCCUCGGAACGUCGGGACUUCCUUCAAUUUACCACUGGUAGCCCCAAGCUCCCUAUUGGAGGUAAGUCAAUUUCUUCAGAUUCCCCUUGAGAUAUACUAAUUACGCCAUCUAGGAUUCAAAUCACUUACGCCUAUGUUUACCGUGGUUUGCAAGCCAAGCGAGCCUCCUUACGCAUCUGAUGACUACCUGCCAAGUGUCAUGACUUGUGUCAACUAUCUUAAAUUGCCAGACUACUCCAAUUUGGAAGUUAUGAAGCGUCGUAUGGGUACGGCUAUUAAGGAAGGGCAGGGUGCUUUCCAUCUAUCAUGAGCAUGUCAAACUCACGAGGAUCAUCUGGAUGGCGCGUCUGACAUUGGGAUGGAUAAUUUCAAUCUCGGGCAUUAUUUUAUGACGAUGGGCACUUUGCUUUAGUCAAUAUGUUUAUGUAUUCAUGAGCUUCUCUUCAUCUUUUCUUUUCUUCAACCCUGAUUCUGGCUGAACGGCCGAAGCCAAAUUGCAUUGAAAGGUCGUUUGGCGCAAAAAUGAAAUGAGCGGAGGAAUGCGGAGCGAUUAGUUAAGCACUUUGCACCACUAGAUAGACGACAAUUAAAAUCCCCACCUUAAUCGAGGUUUUCUGUAAAAG